AUGGAUCUUAUUGAGCAAACCAAAAUCUGCUUUGUUGAGAUGCUGAGACUUAACAAUAUUGAGGAACAUAUGCUGAAGCAGAAAGCCAAAGUUAAAUGGCCCAAAUUGGGUGAUGGCAACAAUAAAUAUUUUUAUGCUACUCUUAAAAACAAGACUAAGCCAAGAAAUAUUGUGAGUUUGGUUAAAGAUAAUGGCUCUACCACUCAAAAUCAGAUAGAAUUUAAAGAUGAGAUUUCGAACUACUACAACAAGAUUAUUGUCACCUCUUCCCUCAACCGUAAGGGCAUUAACAUUGUUGACAUGAGGAAAUGGAACCAAAUAUCUACUGCUCAAGGUCAAAUGCUUAUGGCCCCUAUUAGCGAGGAUGAAGUUAAGAUUGCUUUAAAGAGAAUUAAUGACAAUAAUGCUCCUGGGAUUGUUGGUUUUGGAGCCAAAAUUUUCAAGUCCACCUAG